AGAUCGCGUCGUCUCCGCCACCAGUUUGCCCGCGGCACGUCAGCCAUUUGUUUGGGCCGCGCUCUACCAUGGCGACCCUGCUCAUUUGCUGCGGUGCCCAAGGGGAAGAGGAGAGGAGUGAGGUCAGGAUGAACUGGAUAUCUGAUCCCCCUUCAAAAACAGUGAAAUGACAUUCCAAUAACCCUGAGACCCUCGCUUAGACCUGCCUCAGAUGACCCGGGGGCAUGAUGCGUCAGGCUGGAGUCAAGCCCAACUGUGUAAAUCCACUCCAUCGCGGAUGAUUUACUCCCUAAAGCACCAGGGGUGUCUGGACACACGGUUCCCCAGACAAGGACAGCAAGCCCGUGGAACACAGGCUUCAGGCAGGACUCCCUGCAGCAUGUACUGGGGGAGUAUGGACUGGUGAGGCCAAUCAGUGUGGACGCAGAGGGCCGCUUCCUGUCGCACGCAGUCUCGGCUGACCGUAUGGCAGGAGGGCAGUCCCGUAGGCGCCGGAGGAGGGAGGUAGGAGUAGGCAAUGAUGAGUGGGGAGGACCGAGAGGGGCCGAGGAGGACCACGAGCCCGAGGCCCAUCAGGAAAGACUUUACUUCAACGUCACCGUCUUCGGCCGGGUGCUCCACCUGCGCCUGCACCACAAUGCCAGGCUGGUGGCCCCCGGAGCCAAGAUGGAGUGGCGUGAUGACAGCGACAGCACCCGGCACUCUGAGCCACUGCACGACGACUGCCUGUACGUGGGGGACAUCACAGACACACCGGGAGCCACUGUGGCUAUCAGCAACUGUGACGGCCUGGCUGGCAUGAUCAGGACGGAACAAGAGGAGUUUUUCAUCGAGCCGGUGGAGAGGGGCGAUGGAGUGAUAGAAGAGGAAGAGGAGGGAGGAGGAGGAGGAAGGACACACAUCGUCUAUCGCUCUUCGGCUGUAAAGAAAGCGUCCAUCAGCAGUGAGGCAGCAGACUUCCACGCCAGAGGUGCUGAUCUCGGUGGGCUGAUGGACCUGGAGUCUCUGUACCGCGGCGUGGAGCAGAGUAUCAACCACACGCGGGCCGGGCGAAUGCGCAGACAGACUCUGGACAGGGCCUACAACAUCGAGGUGCUGCUGGGUGUUGACGACUCAGUGGUCCAGUUUCACGGGAAGGAGCAUGUCCAAAAGUACCUGCUCACACUCAUGAACAUUGUGAAUGAGAUCUACCAUGACCAGUCUUUGGGAGCGAAGAUCAAUGUAGUGCUGGUGCGGAUUAUCAUGCUGGGCUACGGCAAGUCCAUGAGUCUCAUUGAACUGGGGAACCCAUCUCAGAGUCUGGAAAAUGUGUGUCGCUGGGCCUUCCUGCAGCAGAAACAGGACACAGGAGACGCUGAGUAUCACGACCACGCCAUUUUCCUCACGCGACAGGAAUUUGGCCCCACGGGAAUGCAGGGCUACGCCCCAGUGACGGGCAUGUGUCAUCCGGUGAGGAGCUGCACUUUGAACCACGAGGACGGUUUUUCCUCUGCCUUUGUGGUGGCACACGAGACUGGACAUGUGCUUGGAAUGGAGCACGACGGCCAGGGCAACCGCUGUGGAGAUGAGGUGCACAUGGGCAGCAUCAUGGCUCCACUGGUGCAAGCUGCCUUCCACCGCUUUCACUGGUCCAGAUGCAGCAUGCAAGAGCUGGAACGCUACCUUCAUUCCUAUGACUGUCUCCGUGACGACCCAUUUGACCACAACUGGCCCUCACUUCCUCAGCUGCCUGGUUUGCACUACUCCAUGAAUGAACAGUGCCGCUUUGACUUUGGUGUGGGCUACACAAUGUGCACCGCGCUACAAAAGGCGGGCCAGUCAGGAACGCAGUAUCGCACAUUUGACCCAUGUAAGCAGCUGUGGUGUAGCCACCCAGACAAUCCCUUCUUCUGCAAGACCAAGAAAGGACCACCCAUUGAUGGCACCAUGUGUGGAAAUGGCAAGCACUGCUUUAAAGGUCACUGCAUCUGGCUGACCCCGGACAUCAUAAAGCAGGAUGGAAACUGGGGUUCGUGGAGUGAGUUCGGACAGUGCUCCCGCACCUGUGGCGGAGGAGUACAGUUCCGCACUCGUGACUGUGACAAUCCAAGACCAGCCAACGGGGGCCGUACCUGUGUGGGGGCAACUUACCAGUUUCAGAUAUGCAACUCCAACGAAUGUGAGGACAUCUACAGUGACACUCGAGAGGAGCAGUGCCACACUUCGGACCCUCGCUUUGAAGUCCACAGCAACAAGCACCACUGGCUGCCUUAUGAACACCCAGACCCUAACAAACGCUGCCACCUGCACUGCCAAUCCAAGGAGACUCGAGAUGUGGUCUUCAUGCAGAGAAUGGUCCUGGACGGCACACGCUGCUCAUACAAGGACCCACACAGUGUGUGCGUGCGUGGCGAGUGCGAGAGAGUGGGAUGUGAUGGCACAGUCGGCUCCUCAAAGCAGGAAGACAAGUGUGGAGUGUGUGGAGGGGACAACUCCAGCUGCAAAACCUUCAAAGACACCAUCACACGCACGGCCAAAAAACAAGGUUUCCUCAAAGUUCUUGAAAUCCCCAGAGGAGCGAGACACCUACUGAUCCAAGAGCUGAAAGCAACUUCACACACAUUAGCGGUGAAGAAUGUGGCGUCAGGACUCUUUUUCUUGAACGGGGAAAAUGAAUAUCCAGAAUCCCACUCGCUCAUUGAAAAGGGCGUGGAGUGGGAAUAUGAGAACGACAACGACAAGGAGACCCUUCAGACCACUGGCCCUCUCAGACAUGGGAUUCUUAUCAUGAUGAAAUUACAUGGGGAUGAGGAUGUGAAUUUGUCUUAUAAGUACAUGAUGAACAUGGACAGUGACUCUGCCAUUCAGAACAACAUGCUGGUGGAAGACAGUGCCUAUGAGUGGGCCCCAAAGAGAUGGUCCUACUGCUCCAAGCUCUGUGGUGGAGGGAAGCAGUAUCUGCGAUACGGCUGCAGAAGAAAAGUUGACAGUAAGAUGGUCCACAAGAGCUUCUGUAACAAGUCCAACAUGAAACCUAGAGGCGACACCAGAGACUGCAACCAGAAGCCCUGCCCUCCACCCAUUUGGGUGACAGAGGAGUGGCAGAACUGCAGCAAACCAUGUGGAAAGACGGGCAUGCAAAUACGCUCGGUCAGCUGUGUCCAGCCUUCAGAUGACAACACCACACGCACUAUUCACAAUAAACACUGCAACGAUGACCGGCCCGAGUCCCGCAGACCCUGCAACCGACAACCCUGUCCCACCCAGUGGAGAGUCGGACCGUGGUCACAGUGCUCACUGACAUGUGGAAAUGGGACCCAGCAGAGGCAGGCUCUGUGCCACACCAGGGACAACACCAUCGGCCUGUGUCUGGACAGUAAGCCUGACACCAUCAGAGUGUGUCGCUUGGAUCCAUGUCCCAAGGGCUCAUCAGACCUCAACAAGAAUGGCAACAUCCUCAUCCAGUGGCUGUCUCGCCCCAACCCCAACUACCCGAAGAUCUCCCUACGCCAGCGUUGUCAUGGAGACCGCUCCAUGUUCUGUCGUAUGGAGGUGCUGAAGCGCUAUUGCUCUCUACCGGACUACCAGCGCAUGUGCUGCAAGUCCUGCAGCAAUGUCACCAUCACAGAGCCUCUAUCCAACUCCACCUCCAGACCCACCCCCCUCACCUCCGUCACCUCCAUCAGCCCCAGUGUUACAGCUCCUCCACCCACCAGCACCCUCAGCUCUGGUUUCACCACCAUCCAAUCCACGAAACCUGUCAUCACCACCAUUUCAGCUUCUACCACCAGCCCAUGGACCAUCACUCAUCCUCCUACACUCAGCACUCCUGUUCCUCAUUCCUCCCCCACCUCACUCAGCACCGCAGACGUGUUUGCAAGUCAUCUAUCAGCUGCCACCGGUGAUCCUAUCCUCCCCAUAACCUUUUCCAUGGCAACCACCUCAGUUAUUACAACCUCUCCCAGUGUUACUGCUCAUCCCCUGCUCCUGCCCAUCCCAGACAUAGAUGAAAGCGCAGAUCAACAGUUACAGAGCACCACAGAUACUCUAGCAACAUCUGGUACGAUAACUACCAUAGACUUUGCUGUAGCCACCAGUUCAACAAUCACAAAUCCAGCAGAAUAUAGCACAAAUACUGACUCCCCACUGAAAUCCAAGCCCAAACAGAAUAUUCAACCAAAGAAAAACUCUCAAAAGGUGAUUCCACCAAAGAUCAAUGCAAAAAAGAAUACUGCAUUGAAAAAUACUACCAGAAAAGAUGUUCCACCAAAGAUCAAUCCUAAAAAGAAUAAUUCAUUGAAAAAUACUACCAGAAAAGAUGUUCCACCAAAGAUCAAUCCUAAAAAGAAUAAUUCAUUGAAAAAUACUACGAGAAAAGGUGUUCCACCAAAGAUCAAUCCAAAAAAGAAAAAUCUUACACCAAAAAAGAAUACUUCUGUGAGUACCUAUCCCAAAAAGAAUACACCCCAAAAUACAACUCCCAAACACACUACUCCAGCAAACACAACUCCCAAACACACUACUCCAGCAAACACAACUCCCAAAAAGACUACUCCAGCAAACACAACUCCCAAACACACUACUCCAGCAAACACAACUCCCAAAAAGAUUACUCCAGCAAACACAACUCCCAAAAAGAUUACUCCAGCAAACACAACUCCCAAAAAGAUUACUCCAGCAAACACAACUCCCAAAAAGACUACUCCAGCAAACACAACUCCCAAACACACUACUCCAGCAAAUACUACUCCCAGAAAAACUACUCAAGCAAACACUACCCCCAAAAAGACUCCUGCUGAAAAAAUAACUCCCAAAAAGAUUACUCCAGCAAAGACUGCUCGAGAAAAAAUGACCCCCAAAAAGACUACUCCAUCAAAGACUACCCCUGCAAACACUUCUCCCAAAAAGACUACUCUAGUGAAGCAUACUCCUGAGAAAAAACCCAAAGAGGAGGUUUCAACAAAAAACAGUCCCAAAAAAAGCAGGAAGCCAAAAACUAAAUUGAUAAAGCAAAGUCAAACCAAGACAACCUUCCAAAAAAAAAAAAAAACAGGACCUAAAAAUCGCCCAGACUCACAGGCCAAGGUUAUUCACAAUAAGGGCAUAGCGAAAAAGACUAAUGCAAAUAAGAAAACACUUAAAUUGUCUUAUUACACCACAACUCCAUCUCCCUACACAAGCAUACAACCAUCGAGAGAGUACUUUUCUUCUACAAUUCCCUCUAGCACUAGUGUGCAUGAUCCAUCACCUUUUCCGAAGUCAGGAGUCAAUGUCACGUCCAUCAGUAACAACACAACAGCUACAGAUGAACCUCCACUGUGGUACCAUGAUAACACUGAAACGAUAACACACAGCGUUGAUGAUGAUCUCGUAACACCCAAUGCUACUUUUAAGUUUGAUGAUGUCACAAUGCCCGGUGGAACCUUGGCGUCUGGUGAUGUCACAAUGACAAGCAGCGGUGAUGUCACAGUAACUAGCGGGACCAUUCUCAGUGGUGAUGACUUCACAGUGUCCUACGACAAUGUGGAAGUGGUCAGCGACACCAUGGUGCUGGACGACGGCCUCACCAUGGUGAUCCCGACCAUCAUCAGCGAGGAUAUGACAGAUCUUGCCUCCUCACCCUGGCUGGACCUGUCUGAGUACAUCCCCGUGAGUGUCCCCACGAUAACCCCAGACCCCGUCACCACCUCGCCUCCCACCACCAUCUCUCAGACAACAGAAAAAAUAGCCAUCACAACCAACACACGUUCUACGGUAAUACCUCCGGGAAGAGCCGUGGAGAACAGCGAGAACAACUCCAUUGAUCUCUUAUACAACAGGAUCGUCAGCAUAGACAAUGACGUCUCUCAGAACAACUUGAUCCCAAAGCGGCGGGUCAACCUUCGAGAAAGAACCAGGAACAAACGCAUUCAGGAGCUUCUGGAGGAGAAGCGUAACUUUCUCCUCAGGAUGAAGAGAGGCCACGCAGCUUGAUAGAACAAGCCUUCUCAUUUCUCUUAUAGAGAUGAACUUUUUUUUUUUACAGACUUGUAAGCAUUUUUUAAACCCUCUGUGAACUGCCAUGAUACUUUCUAUUAGACCUUUCCACAAAAACAUCAGCGCUCUGUCCUAUGACUAUCAUGACAAUCACGACUUUCUGGACUGCUGCAGAGGGAGAAUGUCAUGGCCAAUUGUUUUAACAGUUGCUUUUAAUAACCAAAAGCCUUUUAGUGUACAGGCUGUUGCAGAUAUGAAGCAAAUCCCUUCGCCUGUGUAAACACAAUAAUGAGAAACAGAUGGGAUGAAACCUCCAGUUGAACAGCACUUUACAAAGCCAAGCUUUUAUCACUCUAAACCACCUACAGUCUUGUUUGAGGAUACACUCAAUGGAUGAUGUAGAUAAGAUGUAAUGUAGUUUGCAAAAUGCUAUUAUCUCUAUUGGCAUGGAUGCAACAAAAUCUACAACCUAGAAUCCAAAUCUCUAUCUGAUAUUAUAUUACAGCCCAGGACUGCAGCUCAUUUCCCCCAAACAGAUAUGAAUACCUCUCAGCUCCCUAAUAACAGCUGCUGUAGCACCAAAUGAAAAUGUUUCCUUGUUAAGUGGCCAGCACUCUGAAUACCCAACACACACACACAUAUACUGCAAAUUGGAGCUGUUGGAGGCCUGAAGUCAAUGUGGUAAUGACAAACAAUCAGACGUUUGCAUUGUGAAAGUUUACACUGCUUGGAUUGUGAUGCCUUUUCCAAAGCAAACCGUUUGUCCGACUGCACAGGGUCUUUCAUCUCUCAGGGUUAGGGUUAGUCACGAUAUAGAGUGGAGGUCUGGUGAGGGACAUCGCUAAACACUUGGCACGUCCUAGAUUUUGAUGAUAUAUUUUGAUAUCUCUCAAAAGCAAGAGAAAAAAAUAUUUUGAUUGCAUUUAUUGUUUUUCUAUUUUUAAUGGCCAGUUAAGUAUGGUGCUUUUUUUGUCAGUUUUGCUAAAAGCAAUGUCCAUCAUGCAUUCAUUUAUGUACAAAAUAUAUAUUAAGCCUGUUUGUAUUAACUGUAUCCAUAUAGACGCUUUUUUUCGGGUCAGUGUAUUUCCUUUUCUAAAAGUUUUAUUAUUGGUACAUCUCUCACUUGCAGCAACUGCGGAUCUUUCUGUACGAUAUCUGUACAUAUGAAAAAGAACUUAAAGUUUAAUAUUUAUUAAAGUUUUAGUACCUUUGGAAUUUUG